UUUGACCGAAGCUGACAAAAAAGCCAAAACCCAAAAGUAGCGGGAAGUAACUAACUUAACUAAUUUACUAGGUCGGUUUAUAAGAGCCAUAUCUUCUCGUAGACUCACUCUUCUUCACUAUUCAAACGAAGAGCUCUCAAAAUUGAAAAUUCUCAAUUCUCAAACAAGAAUCGCUGUUAGCUCUCACUUCAAGAUCGCUAAUAAUACUUCUCUCUCAAGGAAGUUACAGAACAAUCCCAUGGACAGCAUUGAUCAUUGGGCUGAGCUCUUUGUUAGAGAAAUGUUGAGGGCCUCCACUGUAGAAGAUGGUAAAGCUCGUGCUUCAAGAUUGCUUGAGAAUUUCAAGAAAUCCAUCUGGGAACUUUCAACUGCAGGGAUUAACGAGGUGUUUGAACAUGGAGAUGCACUCUUUCAUGAAAAUACAAAGCUCAAGCAAGCAGUGGCUAUCCAACAUGAACUUCAGAAAGAGUACGAAAAACAAAAAUUGGAGUUGCAACAACUGGUGUCCCAGUACCAAAUUGGGCUGAGAAAUUUACAGGCAAAGAAUUUUGCAUUGACAAGACAAAAUCAGCAAAUGAAGAAUUUUUUAACGUCAAGCCAUCUACAACAGACUCAGCAAAGCAACUCCAUCCCAAGGCGCUUCCCUACACCCUGAUGUCUUCUAUUGAUUCUUGGAUGUGUUAAUUUGGCCUAAUGGUUUUUAGUAUGUUAGCAUGUAAGCGCUUUCAACUACUUGAAAAAGGUAGUGCAAUAUAUUUAUCUGUAGGCACUACAAUUGGUGUCUGCUGUCCCAAUUGCUUUGCAGGGGAUUUCCUCUCUUAUAUUCAAAUGGUAGGCAGUGAUGAAAGAUGUAUUCAGUUUCAUUUGAAUACAUCAUUAAGGAUUACUUCUCCUUACUGUUUGUGUCCUCAAUUUCAAUAUUGAAAUUGAUACACAUAGUAGGUGUUUGUAGGUUUAUGUGCUAAGAGAUCAAAUACAUCAAUUGUGGCUCUAUACCUUGAUAAAGAGAUUAGUGUGCCUAAUAGCCCUCUUUCUGAAUUUCUUUGGCUGAAUACUUGGCAUCAUUGCUAUAACAAGCAUUAUCUGCCAAUCAGUCUGUAGAAACAGAUCAACCUUUGUGAUUUUAUUAAUAGUUAAGUCCUUGUAAUCAAAGAUACUACUUGUGAGUUGUGUAAAGAUUUUUCAAGUUUUCGAUAAUCCUUGAUAAAAUGCUAACCAACAUGUGUCAA